AUGAACGAUGACUGCAACAUCAGUCGAGAGGAGCUCAGCGAUUCGCUGGAGAAUCUCGAGAUGUGCGUGUCGGAAGAGAAGCUACGAGCGAUGAUCGGGAAGAUUGAAGCCGACGGGGACGCCCAGGUGGACGCCGAGGAGUUCGGCGCCCUAUAUGCGGUGGUGACGGCAGAUGGUGGAGGUGACAAGGGGGACGACGGUGAAGAGGACAUGCAGAAGGCGUUUAGGAUUUUCGAUUGGGGCGAGGAGGUGAAGAUGCCAGAGGAGUCAGAGUAUGAUCGUCGGGGUCAACUUUGGGGGCGACGGGAGGAUCAACUUGGACGACAGAUGAUGAAACUGCUGCCGAAGGGCUUUUUGGAGAGGACUAAGGGCAAGGGUUACGUGAUUAAGUCGUUGGCCUCACAGAGAGUGAUGCUGGAACACGGGGCGGUGGCCGGAUUGGUGACCCACUGCGGCCGGAGCUCCAUCCUGGAGGCUGUGACGUGUGGGAUGUUCGGAUGUAUCAUUGUGUCCUAG